AUGGACGAGAAGGCGCACGAGUCUGGGGGUAAAGUGCCCCAGGUCGCCGGCGAAAGCCUGCCAGCGUAUGGCGAGUCGGAGCCCACCAAGGGUAGCUUUGGUCAACGCAUCAUGGACAGCUUCAAGCAAGAUCCUAAUGCUCGAGUGAGCUCGGGAGGCCACGCUGGUGCUGAUGGCUCUCGUUUCGACGCCGAAGCGGCUGCUGUCAAUACCGCACAGUCACCCCUUCAGCGUAGUCUGAAGGGCCGUCACUUGCAGAUGAUUGCCAUCGGUGGUUCAAUCGGUACCGGUCUUUUCGUUGGUUCUGGGUCUGUGUUGGCUGCAGGUGGUCCAGCCUCUGUAAUUAUCGCCUACGUGCUCAUCGGUGUCAUGCUCUACUGCACAGUCCAUGCUCUGGGUGAGAUGGCUGUGCUGUUCCCCGUUGCUGGUUCGUUCGCCCAUUACUCGACUCGUUUUGUCGACCCGGCCUGGGGUUUCGCCAUGGGUUGGAACUACGCACUACAGUGGUUGGUUGUAUUACCCUUGGAAAUUGUCGCUGCGUCCAUCACCAUCGACUACUGGAGCCCUGGGGUGUCAAACGCCGCAUGGGUGGCCAUUUUCUGGGUGAUGAUUGUCUCGAUCAACAUGUUUGGCGUAAAGGGAUAUGGUGAAGCCGAAUUCGUCUUCUCGCUCAUCAAGGUCAUUGCCGUUAUCGGAUUCAUUAUUCUCGGAAUCGUUCUGAACUGUGGCGGUGGCCCAGAGGGAGGCUACAUCGGUGGAAAGUUCUGGCACAACCCAGGUGCAUUCAACAAUGGUUUCAAGGGUCUCUGCAGCGUGUUCGUCAACGCUGCCUUUGCGUUCGCUGGUACUGAGUUGGUCGGCCUGGCUGCAGCCGAGACCGCCAAUCCCCGCAAAUCGCUGCCCGGUGCUGUCAAGCAGGUCUUCUGGCGUAUCGCCUUGUUCUACGUUGUAGCGCUGACGGUCGUGGGUCUCUUGGUGUCAUUCAAAGACCCAAGGCUCUUGAAUAAGAGCUCCUCUGUCGAUGCCAAGGCAUCACCCUUCGUUAUUGCCAUCGAGAACGCUGGUAUCCAGGGUCUGCCCUCCCUGAUGAACGUCGUGAUCCUGAUUGCUGUCUUGUCUGUCGGUAACUCCUCCGUCUAUGGUUCCUCUCGUACCCUGGCGGCUCUCGCCGAGCAAGGCCAAGCCCCGCGUUUCUUGGCCUACAUCGACCGCAAGGGUCGUCCUCUCUGGGCUAUCUGUGUGUCCGCGGUCAUCGGUCUCCUCUGCUUCCUGGCUGCCUCUGACAAGCAGUCUGUUGCCUUCGCGUGGAUGAUGGCUCUUUCCGGUCUCUCGUCCAUCUUCACCUGGGGAUCUGUCUGCUUGGCGCACAUCCGAUUCCGUCGCGCCUGGAGAGUUCAGGGCCACAGCUUGAACGAGCUCGCCUUCCAGUCCCAGCCUGGUGUCAUCGGAUCCUGGAUCGGCUUCAUCUUCAACUGUCUGGUGCUGGUCGCCCAGUUCUGGGUCGGAUUCGCUCCCAUCGGGUACGGCGAGAUGACCACUGGAGCUUUGGUCGAGUCCUGGUUCUCGGCCUUCCUCGCUGCUCCCGUGGUCUUGCUGUUCUACAUCCCUUACAAGAUUUAUUUCAAGACCAAGAUCCUUCGGUCUCACGAGAUGGACCUGAGCACUGGUCGCCGUGAUCUUGACAUCCAGCAUCUGAUUGAGCAGGAGCGUGCGGAGCAGGCUGCCUGGCCUCGCUGGAAGAAGAUUUACAAGAUCUUCUGUUAA